UGAGUGCUAAAACUAAAAACUGUUCACGACUUCACGUACUCUAUCUCUCGCUAACCCUAAUUAGCUGAAACACCAAAAGAACCGCAUCGUACCUCUCCUCUCUGCAAAUUCGAAACCGUUCUGCUCUCUGCAAAUCUGUCAUUGAUAUUCAUCAAGGUUUGUCUUUAAUUUUAUACUUGAGCCUUUUUCAUCUUCAACCUUCGCAAUUUAAACUUCUUUUUCCCCGGAAAUCUCUCAAAUAUGGUGGUAAUCGAACAAUCAAAUGACGAACCUGCUGCAGCACCAGAGAUCAACCACAAAAAACUCGAUUCAGAACCUGAAACGAGUUCCGUCAACAACAAAGAAGAAACAGAUGGUUUCGAAACGGCUAGCAAAGGCGAUCAUUCUGAUAGAGGUACUGACUUUGGCGACGACGAACAACAACAACAACAAGAAAUCUGCGCCAUUGACGGUUGUUAGGGAUGAUUCUUAUGAAGAUGCUCUUGAUGAUGAUCAAUUGAAACAGGGAAAGUAUGAUGAGACAGUCAAGGAAUGUUCAAAAGCUAUAGAACUAAAUCCAGCAUAUGUCAAAGCUCUUCUCAGGAGAGGAGAGGCUUAUGAAAAGCUUGAACGAUAUGAAGAGGCCAUCUCUGAUAUGAAAAAAAUAUUGGAAGUGGAAGCUUCAAAUGAGCAGGCUAGGAGGAAUAUUGUUCGAAUGGAGCCAUUAGCCCGAGAAAAGGCGGAAAAGAUGAAGGAAGAAAUGACUAGUAACCUUUUUCUUCUUCACACUUCCGCUGAUCCUCUCCUGUAUCUUCACUCUCCUUUGUGAUUACUUUCUCACUGUGUAGUCUUGCGCGUUGGUAUUAUGCUUCUUCCCUUUUUAAAUGGCUUGCUUUAUGGAUGUUGAUUUAUACUGUACAUGAUUUUGUCUAUACCGAGGUUUGUGUGCAAAACAAGUCAGAUGCUAAAUUUGUUCUGAAAUUUCCCCCUUAUUUAAAGUUAAAGCCAAAUUUUGACUUUCAUUAUGGGCAGCAGCUGA